AUGGCGUCUACAAGUCCAGACGCUGCCAGCGAUCUCGCUCCUCCGUUUGCUCCCUUUUUUGGCAUGGCCGGUGUCGCGUUUGCAAUGAUAUUCGGAUCCCUCGGAGCAGCCUUUGGGACCGCGAAGUCUGGCAUAGGUAUUGCCGGUGUUGGGACAUUCAGGCCAGACCUGAUCAUGAAGGCAUGA